UUUGUCUCAUAUCCGGCUUUGCAGAAAGUCGUUCUUUCUGUUCUUGGAGUCGGGAAACUGUUGCUGAAUCAGCUAAAGUAUCACCUUGAAUAGAAACUUCAUCAGAAACCGAAAGUUCGUUAUCAUAUUAAAUAUGUUGCGACAGAUAACGGGAGCUAUUGGAUCCCUCAGACUUAGGACGUACGGAGCCAAUUACCAUACUGGAAGUUACAGAAAUGUUAAGGAGCGGAGAAAUGUAUACGGAAAUACUAAUUCCAACAGAAAUGGACGUUUUGAAAAUCACAAAAAUAACAUAAACAGUAUUCCUGGCAAUUUGAGGAAACCGAAUUGGAAUUCUGAAACUUUAAAACCUUUCAAAAAAGAUUUUUAUAUACCACAUCCCAAUGUUCAAUCACGUCAUCCACAAGAUAUAGAUUUGUUUAGACAAGAAAAUCAAAUUACACUUAAAGGAGAGAAAAUACCUAAUCCCAUUCAACAUUUUGAAGAAGGAAAUUUCCCUGACCAUGUAAUGCAAUGUAUUAGAAAGCAAGGAUUCAGCGAACCAACCGCUAUUCAAGCUCAGGGAUGGCCAAUUGCUAUGUCUGGUCAAAAUAUGGUUGGAAUAGCACAAACUGGAUCUGGAAAGACUCUAGGAUACAUUCUGCCAGCAUUAGUACAUAUUAGUAGCCAACAGCCGUUAAAUCGCGGCGAUGGACCGAUUGCUCUUAUCUUAGUACCAACCAGAGAAUUGGCCCAACAAAUUCAAGACGUUGCUCACACCUUUAGUUCUCUAUCAUAUGCAAAAAGUACCUGUAUCUUUGGUGGUGCACCAAAAGGCAAACAAGCACGUGAUUUGGAACAAGGAAUUGAAAUCUGUAUCGCCACACCUGGCCGAUUAAUCGAUUUCCUUGAACAUGGUACAACCAAUUUACGUAGAUGCACUUACUUAGUGUUGGACGAAGCAGAUAGAAUGCUUGACAUGGGUUUUGAACCACAAAUCCGAAAAAUCAUUGAACAAAUUAGACCAGACAGACAAGUUCUUAUGUGGUCCGCAACUUGGCCAAAAGAAGUACGAAACCUUGCAGAAGAGUACCUUGUAGAUUAUACACAAUUGAACAUUGGGUCAUUAACAUUGUCAGCUAAUCAUAACAUUCUGCAAAUUAUUGAUGUCUGCGAAGAACACGAAAAACAAUCAAAAUUGGAAAAUCUUCUUCAGGAAAUUAGUAGUGUUAAUCCGAAUGAUGGAAAAACAAUAAUUUUUGUUGAAACAAAGAAAAAAGUGGAGAAUAUUGCCAGAAAUAUUCGUCGUUAUGGCUGGCCUGCAGUAUGUAUACAUGGUGACAAAUCACAAGGGGAAAGAGAUCACGUUCUUACAGAGUUUAGGAGGAAAAGGAACGCAAUUCUUGUAGCAACAGAUGUUGCUGCUCGUGGAUUAGAUGUCGACGACGUAAAGUUUGUGAUCAACUUCGAUUACCCAACAUCAUCUGAAAACUACAUUCAUAGGAUCGGCAGGACGGGUCGGUCAAAUAACUCAGGAACAAGUUACGCCUUCUUUACACCUCAAAAUGGGAGACAAGCUAAAGACCUAAUUAACGUACUCCAAGAAGCAAAACAAGUUAUUAAUCCAAAACUUUGGGAACUUGCGGAGAAAACCGGAAAUGGUAUUGCUCAACAUCGAUGGGGAGGUGAUUAUCGUAGGCGAGACAAUAAUUUCACUAAAGUACACAAACGAUUCGAGGCAGUAAGUUAUUUUAACGCGUAGAUCUGUCAUAAAUUUCGACCACAUUUCCAAACAACCUGUUGGAGAUUCAAAACUUGUUACAAAGAAAGAUUCUUCAUGUAGGCUACCGUUGUUCUAUGUUUAUUACGUGCUCGGUUAGUUUUUUUUUAUUUUUAUUUAUAUUUGUUUUAAUUGCUAAUAAUAGAUUCUCAGUAAUAUACGAAACAAAUAAAAAGUGCUUUUGAUAGACUUUUAUUACUAUAUUUUUACACUGUCAUUUAUUGAAGCACGGAGAAAAUGAAUGAACAACAUACGAGAUGGUUGACAAUCUUCUAUAAAAUUAAAAUCAAUUUGAAAUCUCUCUUGUUUCUAACUUCGUUACAACAAAUUUAAAUUGCGAACUUAAGUUCUUCGAAGAAAUUAUGAAAAUUUCUUUUUCUUUUACAAAUCUCUGUGUAUUUCCGAAGGUAGGGGUUAAAUGAGACAUGGGUAGAUAGUAAAUAUAUCAGUAUUCGUUCCACUUCUUUACUGUGAUCAAUUUUGUUUUUGAUCAUACAAUGAAGUUACUCUUUUGUUUAACUAUGUUAAUAGAUUUAAAUAAUGUCACGGAUACUAUGACUAAAACUACAUACGUUUACAUGAACAUCUUAUCAAUGCUCCGUAUUGAUAAUGUGAGAAUUUAAUUUAUACAAAGAAAUAUCGAUUGAAACGAUUUGAUCUUGCAGCGAGUUAUUAUCUAAAUGUAAAAAUGUAGUUUGAUUAAAACUUUCCAUCAUUCGGACGGAUUUCCAAAACCGUCAUAGCACUUGAAUCUACGUUUCCCGUAACUCCGCACAUUGCUGUAUCACAUUUGUAAUUUAAGAAAUAAACUGACUAAAUUAAAGAACCAAAAA